AUGGCCGACGAGAAAGCCAAAGUCUACCCCGAGCUCGAGCCAGAAGGCUCUGGCAAAUGUAAGAAGUCGGCGCCAGAGUCCGAGCUGGUUCAGGAUAUCUCGCUGAUUAUAAAGGCCACCGAUUUUGCGGCGCGCAAGCAUCGCUCGCAGAAGCGGAAGGACAUCAAGCAGACGCCGUACAUCAAUCACCCUAUAGGUGUCGCUCAAAUCCUCACCAGCGAGGCAAAAAUCUACGAUUCCGUCACGCUGGCCGCUGCGAUGCUCCACGACACCGUCGAGGACACGAAAACCACUCACGAGGAGAUAUUGGCCGAGUUUGGACAAGAAGUGCACGACAUUGUCAAGGAGGUCACAGACGACAAGAGUCUGCCAAAAGAGGAGCGUAAACGACUCCAGAUUCUGCACGCUCCACACAAUUCUCACAAGGCGAAGCUCGUCAAGCUGGCCGAUAAGCUAUACAAUUUGAGGGAUAUCGAACGAGCGCCGCCGUUUGGGUGGGAUAAACGCCGGUGCAAGGAGUACUUCAAGUGGGCGAAGGAGGUCGUCUCCGGGCUCAAAGGCACUAAUGAGGCACUCGAGAAUGCGCUGGACGAUCUGAUCAACCGGAAUUUA